AUGAAACGUGGUCACUCCGAGUGCAGCGAAGUGUGGUCAAUCGGUUGUAUGCUGUACUGUAUGUUAAUAGGAAAACCUCCAUUUGAAUCAGAUAGUCUUGAAGAGACGUAUGCAAGAAUUCAAGCUGGUCAAUACUCCUAUCCCCUUUGGACUAAAAUCUCAGACGAGGCCAAAGACCUUAUAAAUGCAUGUUUAAUUCAUUCGGCAAACUUCCGUCCAACUAUCAAAGAGAUACAGGACGAUCCAUGGAUGGUCAUGUGUCAUCCUGUGCCAGAAAGUUUGCUGCAAAGGGCUAAGAGUAUGAAGGACUUAGCAAGACACGACGCCAAUGGCAAUAUAAUAAGUGGAAGAAGUCCUCACCGACCUCGUUCCACGUUAGACCUUGCGUCAGCACAAGCUUGUGCCAACAGAUCUCGACGCAAAUCGAUCGUGAGCACUCAUGAUUCUGGAUUUGGCUCCGAUCCUGAUAUGUCUCGCCGACCUGCUUUAGCAGCUGCAGUGAAUGGCUACCUGAACGAUAUCAGUGGCCUCCUCGGUGGAACAUGUGAUUUUGCUUUGGAGCCAUGCCCUCUACCACCAGUUUUUGUCUCGAAAUGGGUGGAUUACACCAAUCGUCGUGGGUUCGGAUGCCAAUUCAGUGAUGGUUCAAUAUCUGUGAAAUUCAACGAAGGGCUGUGUUUAAGCUGGCCAACAAAUUCUCCCACGAUAAUCUAUGCGCAAACCCCGUUCUCAUCUCCUCAUGUUGUUCAUCCAGGAACCAUUCAGAACUCAGGGCUUUCUGCAACCCACAUUGAGAUUGCACGACAGUAUCGUGAGUACAUGGAGCGGGAAUUGGCCGAUACGGAUCUUCUGAUGUCACAAGCGUCGCGAAAUGCGGCUUUGGCAUCUAACCAUACCCCACCUUACCUGGUCUUCACUCAUCUGGGAUCUGAGUGCCUUAUUAUGGUGUUUAGUGAUGGAACAACACAGGUCAAUCUUAUGAAACGCCGUUCAAAAAUAGUGCUAUGGAAUGGUGAAGGUGGUCCUAGCGAUGACCCUGACUCGAAGUUUACAUCAAUAGCUAUUAUAGAGCGAGGUUUCGCUCCUUUCGCUUAUCGUAUACGACCCGGUCAUAUGUAUGGCUUGGAGCUACCGCAAAGUCUGGAGGAUUCUUUGUUCGUGGUGCGUCGAGUGCUGAACAUGGAAUGCGAUUUUUUGCACAUUUCUCGUCGACCGAUCCAAUCGACUGAAUGUUGA